AGGAUGGAGACCGUGCUGGAUCCGUUUUCAGGCUUGGACUCUUUCUCCUCCGCGUAUUUCGACGACGAUGAGUUCUUCACCGAGCGAUGCUCGCGCGAGCACGUGGACGCGGACGACUUCUUGGACGACGAUGUCGACUUCCUCGCGAGCCAGAUCCAAGAGUACUACGAGGACUGCCGUGCGCGCGAUGAAGACUACGGCUGCGACGUGGGUCGCUUCUCUUCCUCCUCCUCUUCCUCUUCUUCUUCCUCGUCGUACGGUGUGUCCGGGUUUUCCCCGCGGCGCGGUGACGGCGCGCUGCAGCUGAAGAGGCGCAGGAGAGCGCGGUCUGAGCAGGAGAUGCAGCAGCUGCGCCAGGCCGCCAACGUGCGCGAGCGCAGACGCAUGCAGUCCAUCAACGACGCGUUUGAAGGUCUGCGCUCUCACAUCCCCACCCUGCCUUACGAGAAACGCCUUUCCAAAGUGGACACCCUGCGCCUCGCCAUCGGCUACAUCAACUUCCUGGCUGAACUGGUGCAGUCCGACGCGCCCAUCCGGAACUCCAGCCACGAAGCUCUAAACCAACCCAAAAAAGUCAUCAUCUGCCACAGAGGAACAAGAUCUCCUUCCCCUGAUGACCCAGAUUACGGUCUGCCCCCUCUGGCUGGUCACUCUUUGUCCUGGACGGAUGAGAAGCAGCUCCGGGAGCAGAACAUCAUCCGCAGGGCGAAGGUUUGGACCCCGGAGGACCCCCGCAAAGUGCACUUCAAAUCCGCGCUCACUAACAUCGAGAACGAGCCUCCGUUUGAGCUGGUCGCGUGAAUCCCGGGGUUUACUCGGUGUUUACUCGCUACACGGACUGUGUGACUGUGUGGGAUCCUCCACUGUGUACAAGUCGCGUUUAUGUUACUAUGUAAAUAUUUAUUAUUAUUAUUAUUAUUAUUAUUAUUAUUAUUAUUAUUUCAGCUGUCCAGACUGAAAGUGAACAUAGAGCCGCUGGCAAUCACUGUGUAGUGCGUCGUUAUUUAAUUGUUGCUUAAUUGAAUUUUCUGAUAAUAUAUUUUUUUAUAAUUUAACGUUGAUUUCUACGGAUGUCCAACGAGACAGAACCUAUUUUUUAUAAAAAUGAAACGUACCGUGUCUCAAAUGGCCUAUAUUUAUGAUGAUGAUGAUGAUCAUAAUGAUUCAAUAAAUUCUCCUAUUGAUUCAUUCAAGCCUGCCUCUUUCUGC